AUGUGUGCAACCCUAAAAGCGCUGCGUCGGGAGAACCGGAGCUGCGGGGAUGCUGCUGCUGCUGCGGAGAGGAGCGCCGCGGAGAGCCGGCUGGAGAGAUGCAGUCACACGGCGUUCAUAGAGGACAACACGCUGUAUGUGUGGGGAGGCUACAAGGUAGUUGGUGGAGAGGACAUUGUGUUGCCCAGUGAUGAGAUAUGGCUCUGUGAUUUGUACAGUGGGACCUGGGAGAUGAGGGAUAUCAACGGUGACAAACCACCAGAUUUAUCCGGCUCCUGUGGCUCUUAUCUGAACGGCACACUCUACAUCUUUGCAGGAUGCGACCCUGUUGGAUACACAAACCAGAUGUUCAGCGUUGAUCUCACAGAGCAGAGCUGCAUGUGGAAGAAAGUGACCGACACAAAGGGAACGACACCCUCACCUCGAAACAAACACUCCUGCUUUCAUAGAGACAGAUUAAUCUACUUUGGUGGAUAUGCGUGUAAGACGAUAGGACAGGUACAGAACACAACAUCAGCAAGCUUUGUCGUGGAGGAGAUGUCCUGGGCAACCAUUGGAGACGUUUUAUUCAGGUGCUGGGGCUGGAACAAUGAAGUCAGUGUUUAUGAACCACAUACGGCCAUGUGGAGUACGCCAGAGACUCGGGGUCCUGCCCCUGCGCCCAGAGGCUGCCAUGCAAGUGCUCUUAUGGGAAACAAAGGUUACAUCUCUGGUGGCGUGGAAACGCUUGAGUUGGACAUGUUCUGCUUAGACCUGGACACCUGGACCUGGACUCAAUUUGACUUCUCCCCAUCCUGCUCACCUCUGGGCCGCUCCAUGCUCACCAUGACACCAACAUCAGAUCACACGCUCUUCAUUUACGGCGGUCUCGGCAUAGACGGAAACACUCUUAAUGAUGUCUGGCAGUUAAACACACAGAAGAAAGAGUGGAAAGAAAUGACGCACCAACACAAGGACAAGCCCAGUGUGUCACUCGGCGCGUGCCUGGGGAGGGACAGCGAUGUUGUCGUGUUCGGAGGAAGCAGCAACAUGUGCCUCCUCAUGGACUCGGUGGCUGUUCUGAGGGCUCCAUCACAAAACCAGUGCAGAGACGUGUUCAUGUUUCAGACCCAGCCGUGCUCCCUCUUCAGAUUGUGUGAGGACCUAAUAGCAGAAAACUCUGAGGUUUUUGAGGAGCAGCUGACCUGGCUGCCAUCAAAGCUACGGAACAAAAUUGACAAGCGAGUCGCCUUUUUCUCCUCUACGAAACCCGUUCUAACAGCUUGAAGACGUCGUUUAAGAAAAAAAAUUGAACUAGUCAAUUACUAAAACAGAAAUGUUCUUCUUUGUGUGUUGGACAUUUUUGUGUUUAAUAAUUAAAAAGAAAAAAAAAAGUGCUAUUGUUUUAACUUAAGACGCAUCAUUUGUAUGUUUGUUUUUUUGCCUUAUUUUUAAACAACCAGUUAAGAUUUGGUCACAUUUUCCUCUAUUACAGUGUUUAAUAAUGUUCAAUCUGUUUUUGAAUAAAGUAAUUUAUAUGUUA